CAUUUGAGAAUCCCUCUCACAGUGCUGCAGAUAGGGGCUGCCAACACAUGCGACGCGUCUGCAGGUGAGAGAGAGAGAGAGAGAGAGAGGGAGAGUGGAAGAGUAUACGCUGAACAUGCAGAAUGCCAAGAGGAUUUCAACCUAAAAGCUGCGUCGGAUAUACACUUUUUUCCACUUUAUCUGUUGUUUUUCCUUUUAAACUAAGCCCAGAUCUGUGUUGAACAAAUACAUAUAUUUCCCGGUAUAUGUUGGAGUCGAGGAGACGAGGAGGAUUGAUCUUGAUGAAGAAAAUAGGAAGGAAAAGAGAAGGCAGGCACACAAUCUACUGCAUAUCCUUUUGAGAUCAAGCGGAGCUGAGGAGCUCCGCGCGCAACGCUGUAGUGGGAUGAGUUCGGACGCUGAUCGGGCAUCUCAUUUAAACGCGUCCCUGGUGUCUUUGGACUAAAACAUCAGGGCAGACACAAGAAGAGUUCAGCUCACCCGUUCCUCAUUCUCAAAAUACAAGAGAAGAGAUUCUGCAAAGUGGGUGAAAAAGCGCGAGCGACACGGACUGCGUUGCACUUUGAGUUGAUGCUCAGGACUGUUGCACUUGGGCGCAUUCGGGAGCGCACGGAGCCAAACCACUGUCUCUGUUUUUAGAAUAAAUAAAUCAAGGUAGAAUACCCCCCCCCCCCCCCCUCUUCUUCUUCUUUUUUUUUUUUUUUUUUUCACUUGCUGCUUUCGACUGCAGCAAAGACGAGAGGAUGAAUGCACCCGCAUCCUAAAGAAAAAGAAAAGUAAAUGACAACAAGAUUGCUGUUUUGUAUUUAAACUGCAUACUACAUACAUUUUGGGACUUUUUUUUUCAUUUUGUUAUUUUUUGCUUGGACAUCUCUGCAAGACUGAACAAUGAGGACUACUGCAGCAGUGGACUGUUUGUACUAUUGCAUGCUCAUAUUGCAGCUUGUGCAUCAGCCUGCUGCGAGCAAGCAAGUGCUCCGGUACCGCUUGGCCGAGGAGGGACCCGCCGAUGUCAGAGUUGGCAACGUAGCUGGCGACCUGGGCAUCGUGGCCGGGUCUGGCGAGGUGACGUUCACCCUCGAGUCCGGGUCGGAUUUUUUUAAAAUAGAUAACAUAACAGGUGAGCUCACCACCAAUGAGAGGCGGAUAGACCGUGAGAAAUUACAGCAGUGCCAAAUGAUAUUUGAUGAGAACGAAUGUUUCAUUGAUUUUGAGGUGUCUGUAAUUGGACCGGCACAGAGUUGGGUCGACCUCUUUGAGGGAAAAGUCAUCAUAUUAGACAUAAAUGAUAACACCCCAUCUUUCCCCUCGCCAGUCCUCACACUAUCUGUGGAGGAAAACAGACCCAUUGGAACCCUUUAUCUGCUGCCCACAGCCACAGAUAGAGAUUUUGGCAGGAAUGGAAUAGAGAGAUAUGAGCUUAUUCAGGACAAUGGAGAGAACUCAAGGCGCUUGGGGUCUUCUGGGGAUUCUUACUCUGGGAAAAGAAGAUUUGAAGAAGGUGCAAGCAGGAGCAGUGUCUUUGAACUGCAAGUUGCUGACACUACUGAUGGAGAGAAGCAGCCCCAACUCAUCAUUAAAGGGGCCCUUGACAGAGAACAGAGAGACUCUUAUGAGCUCACCUUGCGAGUUAGAGAUGGAGGAGAUCCCCCACGGUCAUCUCAGGCCAUUCUAAGAGUAAUGAUCACAGACGUGAAUGACAACAGCCCGCGGUUUGAGAAGGGUGUGUAUGAAGCUGACCUGCCAGAAAACAGCUCCCCUGGUGCUCCGAUUCUUCAGCUUAAAGCUGCUGACGCAGACGUUGGGGUAAACGGUCAAAUUGAAUAUGUGUUUGGGGCAGCCACAGAAUCCGUGAGGAGGCUGCUGAGGCUGGAUGAGAGCACUGGGUGGCUUAGUGUGUUGCACCGCAUUGAUCGUGAAGAAGUUAGCCAACUGAGGUUCACAGUAAUGGCCCGUGACCGAGGCCAGCCGCCCAAAAUGGAUAAGGCCACGGUGGUGCUAAACAUCAAGGACGAGAAUGACAAUGUCCCUGCAAUUGAAAUCCGAAAAAUUGGACGUAUUUUUCUAAAAGACGGUGUGGCCAAUGUAGCUGAAGAUGUGGUGGUUGACACGCCCAUUGCAUUAGUUCAGGUGUCAGAUCGAGACCAGGGAGAAAAUGGCAUAGUAACCUGUACAGUAGUAGGUGAUGUGCCAUUUCAGCUCAAACCAGCCAGUGAGAUGGAAGGAGAACAGAAUAAAAAGAAGUAUUUUCUGCACACAUCUGCACCUCUGGACUAUGAGGCCACACAGGAAUACAAUGUGGUCAUAGUGGCUGUGGACUCUGGAAGCCCCAGUCUGACAAGUAAUAACUCCCUAAUUGUGAAAGUCGGCGAUACUAACGACAAUCCCCCUAUCUUUAGUCAGAAUGUAGUUGAGGUUUCUUUCCCUGAAAGCAAUGCCCCUGGCGAGAGGGUGACAACAGUAAAAGCUGUUGAUGCUGACAGUGGGAAAAAUGCUGAAAUAGCAUAUUCCCUCGAUUCAUCUGUAAAUGGGAUUUUCUAUAUCGAUGCAGACAGUGGAGACAUCAGAGUAAACAUCAUCUUGGAUAGAGAGCAAACAGAGCGUUAUGAAUUUAAAGUGAUAGCUAAAGAUAAGGGCAUAAACACACUUCAGGGUUCUGCGACUGUGGUUGUUCUUGUGGGGGAUAAAAAUGACAAUGACCCGAAGUUCAUGCAGGAUGUGUUCACUUUCUAUGUAAAAGAAAAUCUUGACCCAAACAGUCCAGUGGGUAUGGUCACUGUGAUUGAUGCUGAUAAGGGCCAAAAUGCAGCGAUGGGUCUUUUCAUUGAAGAAGAGGAGGAAAUCUUUUCUAUUGAAAAUGAAACUGGGACAAUUUUUUCUACCCUCUCCUUUGACCGAGAGCAAAAAACUACAUAUACUUUCCGUGUCAAAGCUGUGGAUGGUGGCGAUCCACCCAGAUCUGCCACAGCCACAGUCUCACUCUUCGUCAUGGAUGAAAAUGACAACGCACCGACAGUCACUUUUCCAAUAAACAGCUCCUACACCCUUCUUCCUCCCUCAAGCAACAUCAGGACAGUUGUCAGAACCGUCAAAGCCAAUGAUAUGGACACUGGUGUCAAUGCAGACCUGAACUACAGCAUCAUCGGGGGCAACCCUUUUAAGUUGUUUGAGAUUGAUGGGGGUACAGGGGUCAUCUUGCUGAUGGCAAAGCUGGAGCCAAAACACUAUGGUCUCCACAGACUUGUAGUCCAGGUGAAUGACAGUGGACAGCCUUCACAGAGCACCACCACCCUAGUUCAUGUAUAUGUUAAUGAGACACUUUCUAAUUCCACAAUAGUGGAGGCACAGGUGGCAAGGAGCCUGAGUACUUCACUGAACACCAACAUUGCUGGUGACCCCAACUAUGAUCUCAGCAAACAGCGCUUAAGCAUAGUAAUUGGGGUCGUCUCUGGCAUCAUGACUGUCAUUCUCAUCAUUCUUGUUGUUGUUAUGGCCCGUUAUUGCCACCCCAAAAACAAGAAUGGCUAUGAGGCAGGGAAAAAGGAUCAUGAAGACUUUUUUACUCCCCAGCAGCAUGACAAGUCCAAAAAGCCCAAAAAAGACAAGAAGAAACAAAAGUCCAAACAGCCUCUCUACAGUAGCAUUGUCACUGUAGAGGCCUCAAAACCCAAUGGGCAACGAUAUGAUGGCGUUAAUGAGAAACUUUCGGACAGUCCCGGCAUGGGGCACUAUCGUUCUGUCAACGGUGGGCCAGGGAGCCCAGACUUGGCUCGGCACUACAAGUCCAGUUCACCACUUCCAACCGUCCAGCUUCACCCUCAGUCACCAACUGCUGGAAAAAAACACCAGGCAGUUCAGGACCUUCCCCCUGCCAACACCUUUGUUGGCACCGGAGAUAACAUUUCCCUUGGAUCUGACCACUGCUCUGACUACAGCACUCAAACCAUCAACAAGUACAACAAACAGCCGUUUCGUCGAGUGACCUUCUCGGUGGUGAGCCAGCCCCAGGACCCUCACCAGCAGGGAUCGCUGCAGAGCUGCUACGACAGUGGCCUGGAUGAAUCGGAGACACCUAGCAGCAAGAGUUCUUCGGGCCCCCGGCUGGGCGCCCUUCCCCUGCCUGAGGACAGCUACGAGAGGACAACGCCGGAUGGCAGUGUCGGUGAGGCAGAGCACAUGGAAAAUGACUCCCGGCCCUUGCCUGACGUAGCCAUGACUGGCAAGUGCACCCGGGAGUGCAACGAGUACGGCCACUCGGACUCCUGCUGGAUGCCUGUGCGCACGUCGCCCGAGCGACGGCCGUCUAAGUCAACCACCAACCCCCAACAACAACCAAAGCUUUCCACUUUCAUGACCGGCAAUGGUAGCAGCGGGAGCAGCAGCAGCAGCAGCGGGAGUGUGGAGCAGCCAGGUAGCCAAGAGACCCUCGCCAUGGCUGCCAUGGCCAACGGAGAUCCAGCAGCCACGCACAUGAUGGGAGACCGCAACCGAAACCUGCUAAACAAGAAGAUGGCCUCCUCCUCUUCUUCUUAUGAGGCCUUUGGCUCUCCGUCCUAUGGCUCGCCAGGAGGUGGCGAGGAGAUGCUGGGCCACCCUACCGAGGAGAUCCCCCUCGCACCAACUGGAGAGUACAAGCCCACGUCCUGUGGAACUCUGACACGACGGGAGGUGUACCUGUAAGCUCGGAGCUUUCCCACAACACCAAUGGCAUCAUAAUGUAUUGAGAAGGAUAGUUUCUUACCCGUACUGAUUGCUGUUUUAGAAGUUUUUUUUUGUCAGCCACCCAAACUUCGACUAAACCUCUCCAAAGACAUUAAAGCUACUCCUUAACAAAACCUCUGAAUAGACAGAACUUUUUUUUUUCUUUUAAAAGUGCUAAUUAUGAUGAUGACCUGGCAGAGAAGAGGAGGAGAACCUAAUGGUGAGUCUCCCUGUUUGGAGACAGUCUGCUGCCUGAUAGUCCAUCUGUAAAGCUAAUAAACUCAUUUUAGACAUACAGCACACGCAUGACUACUCCAGUAUUCCCGACAGAAGGAACUACUGUUUUUAAACAGAACACUGUACAAAUACGCCAAUUUCUUUCUUCCCCUUGUCUUUUGUUUUCUGGAAGUAAAAAGUACUUAGAACGUUUUGACUUUGGAGUCUGUCUUGAUUUAGCCUUUUUUUUUAUAAUUCAUAACAGUCUGGCCAAGAUGCCCUUUGGCUACACAAAACAACUGUAUACUGUAACCAUACUGGCUGUAGAGGCAUUCAUCUUUAGAGUGCAACUGACUUGCAAAUCAACACCUGGCUGAAAUUGGGUCAUAUAAGGAACUGGAAAGACUAAGCUUUAAAAAGAACUCCAUCAUCUUCACAACACUGAUACUCUUGUGUAAGAACACAAUGGACACUCCUGGCUGGACUAAAACUCCACUGAGACAAAUGAUGAACUUGUAAUGAUUGACACAAACCCGUGAACAACUUACGCAAGUGUCACUCAUUGUAAAUAAGCAUUCGAGGAUAGCAACAGAGCCAGCAGCUCCGUCCCUCAACUUCUGCCCUGCUACCUUUACACAGUCUCCUGCUGUUUUAUCUUUUGAUUCCGAAGUUUGGGACAAAUCCCAUCCUUAAUGAUGCAAGAUACUUUAUGUCUACAAUCACAUUCCCUUGAAAGCAUGGUUUAUUAUCAGAUCACCUUAGUAAGAAGAUUAUACAAACUGGUGAGUUUAACUGUGUUUAUUGGUUCCAAGUUGGGUUUAGCACAUAGUUUUGGCAAGAUAUUUAAAUUCUUGAUAUGCAUUUGAAGUCUGUAGCUGUUGAGAGUUGAGAAUAUAUGGUUGAGUUGGAACUGGAAAAGUUAACAGAAAUUAAAUGUCUUACUUUCAUUUGUGUGUGUGUGUGUGUGUGCGUGUGUGUGUGUUAGGACAGCAAUAAAUAUCAUGAAGUAAGCGUGGCAGAUACCUUGUUUUUCACUCUUCGCUAAAAAGCCUUCAAGAUUACACAACGCCCAUACAUUGAAAUCCUUUAAGCGCUUGUAGCUGUUGCUUUAUUUUACACUGAAUGUAAAAUUGGCUCAGUUAGCGGAACAAUCAAACAAAACAAAAGCAAGUUUUAAAUAUGUUUGGAGAAAUUUUGCAGUUGAAGUCAAACCAAAAAUUCACAAACAGGACGAUUACCCGCAAAUGAAAAAGCUUUCUCUGAGAACUUUGCUUUAAGUAUGCAUUACUUGUUUUGUGAAGGAAUGAGCGAUAAGAUUGUGAUGUCUCAACUUAACAACCCAUACAAUCAUAACCCUACUAUUUCUACAAAUGUCGUUGAGAUUUUGUGCCUCCCUGUUGUUUUUCUUUUCUAUUUUUUUUUUUUUUGCAGCUACAGAGGCACAAUACUUACUGUAAUUAAAAAAGAGAUGCAAUGAAAGCAUUGUUUUGUUUUUUUGUAUUCAAGCAAAACCCCCCUUUGGUGCAACCAGAGGUGUUUUUACAGUUCUUUCUGAAAACCAGCUCUGGCAAUCUAUAGUCUGUAAGUACUACUCGUCGUUUGAAAGAAAGUGCUCCUAAUACUUAUCAACUGUAUACAUGAAUAUUUACUUUUUACUGCACGUUUACUGGCAACUUACACUUAAAGGAAGUAAAAAAAAAAACAACAAAAAAAAUGCAAAAUAAAAUGAACAAAAUAAAAAAAAUGUUUCUCUUGUAAACAGAAGCCCAUCUUGUUGCUUGCAUUUUACCCAUGUAAUGCGACUUUGUACACCAAUUACGACUGAUCUGUUUUUUUUUCUUCCACCCAUGACCAAAUUCUACAAUUAUAUCAUGUCACAAAUUAUUAUUUUUUUAUAUAUAUAUAUAUAUAUAUAUAAAACGGCUGUAUACCAUUAGAGUAGACCAUUUGUCAUGUAUCUUAUUGUUUUAAUCCGUUAAAUAAUAAGUCACACAGUUGCAGAUAGAAUUGUGCAAAAGAUUACGACGAUGUACUGUGUUUCACUUUUUCUUUUCCUUCUUUAUCUGGUGCCACUUUGUAUAUUGCGAGUGCUUCUGAAAAAAAGGGGGAAAAACAAACAAAAAUAACAAAACAAAAAAAACAAAAACAAAAUUUGAGUGAAUGCAAAUAUGCAAUUGUGCCUUUUAUACCAAUUGGUAUGAUUAAAUGUUGGUUUGGAAUGGUGCAUAAAUAAUCACACUGACAAGGAGAUGGGGUUGGCAUUUAAGCACUGAAAGUCAUCUGCAUAUCUUUGAUGAAAUCCCAUGAUGUCAAAGAUUUUUGUUUCUGUUUGUUUUUUUUUUUUAAAGGAUGACUUGUCAAAUAACAGUGAGCUUUUAAGGUUUAAUAAUUUAAAAGGCUGUUCUUCACACUGAAUCAGUUAUAUUGUUGAAACACCCAUUCCUUAGUGCAUCCUUAGUUUAUUACAAAAUAAAUACAGGUACAGGUGCAAUGUUGCUUGCUGGUGGAAAAGAUCUAUUGAAUUUUUUGUUGUCGUGUUCCGCUCAUGUACAUGUGUGACAGCAGAGGUCAAGUAACCUACUUUGUGCAUGAAACAAAAGCUCUAGAGCCGAAUCUACAAGGUAGAGAAAGUUGGUAAGGGAAUGAAAAUUCAGAAGUACAUUUGAUUGCUCAAAAGUCGAGGGGAUAAAAAUGCUAAUACGAUGGUUUACUAGAAGGAAAAGAUAGGGAGAAGGGAAUAGGAGAGGCCUGCCAGAAUGCAUACCUCAGGAUAUGUUGUGUGGAAUAAAACAUACAGGUUGACAGAGCUUGCAUAUCUGUAGAUGAUGGUGAUGAAUACUUGUCCUACAUAUGAUUUUGCUGGAGGAUAUGCUAUGAUGUUGUAAUUUUUUAUAGUUUUUUUAUAUUUCAACAUCAGAUAAAAUGAAAACAGAGCUUCUGACAGGGUGUAAACGAAAAUACAUGAAAGGAAGAUUGCUAUACAUGGGCAAAAACAUCAAAAACAAUCUACUCUACAUCUUUUCUGAGAAAUGAUAGGUUCAGUGUUUCUCUUUUUGGUUUGAUACACUGAGGCAACGGAUAUCGAACCCAAGAUAAGAGCAGGUGUUGAGAUUCUUUCACAUUUCACACGAAGCAUGAAGCUCGUCUGCCUGAGGUGUGCGUUCAGCGGGUGCUCUCGUCUCUGUUUAAAAAAAACAUUCACAGCGUGUAAUGAGAUUUGUAAUAUUACCCAUUACUAUUUGUCCUGCGACAUGGAUGUUGAUAUAGAGAAAUUUGAGGAACAAAUUUAUCAUCGUUUAAUAUGAGUCACUAUGCACGCAGCUUAGCUGAACAUGGCAAAAGUGUAUUGAACGCAAGUCCACUUCUAUUUAUGAGAUAUUUUGCAUAAUUUAAUUUGCUUUUGUACAGGUUUGUGUAAAUAAAUUGCUUGUCAUUUUUGUCUCUGCAGAAAUUAAAAUAUAACAUGUUAAAACA